UGUUAUUUUCAUUUUGCCAGAUCAAUUCGUCAUGUCUGCUUAUCAAGCUCAACUCAAAUCAUUUUUGUCCAACAUUGAUUCUAAAACAGCUGGUGCUCCAGGUUUAGGUCAUUUUGAAACUCAAACCGGUUUACCAAGAUCGUAUGCUAUCUUGGGGGCCACUGGGUUUUAUUUUGUUCUUAUCUUUUUGAAUAUUGGUGGUGUUGGUCAAUUAUUAUCUAAUAUUGCUGGGUUUGUUAUUCCAGGUUACUAUUCUUUAAUUGCUUUAGAAACCACUACUUCAAAAGAUGAUACCCAAUUGUUGACUUAUUGGGUUGUUUUUGCCUUCUUAAACGUUAUUGAAUUCUGGUCAAAAGCUUUAUUAUACUGGGUUCCUUUCUACUUUUUGUUCAAAACCAUCUUUUUACUUUACAUUGGUAUUCCAUCCUUCGGUGGGGCUACUACCAUCUACGUUAAUGUUAUCAAACCAUUUUCUCAAAAAUAUAUUGUCAACAAUAAGUCAAUCUCAUCUAAAGUUGAUGAUGUUGCCGAAGGUAUUUCCACCGGUGCUGAAUUGUAAGUUGAUUGAUCAUCAACUAGAAAUUUCAGUAUGUGCUGUCACUGUUUUUUGGCUUCUCUCUUAUUUCUCUACCAUCUAAUUCUUUAGAUACUAUGUUUUAUUUUGAUAUUUAUUGAUUCUUCUAUAAACAAUAUUAUAUUUUGUU